AUGGGUUGCGGCGCUAGUAAAGAACAAACUGUCAACACUGCCGGAAAGGACCCGGAGGCUUCCCCCGCCACGCUGGCGUCACAGCCUGAAGCGGGAGCCGCCAAGAAGCAACCUGUCGCGGCCGAGUCGUCGGUGAAGCAGCAAAAUGGCAACUCUGCGUCCACCGUCAAGUCCGACACGUCCGGAGGUCGUCCUCGUUUGUCGAGCUAUGCAUCUACCGGAGAUGACCAGUCGUCGAAUGGGUCUGUCCGGUCGAGUGCUUCGGGAAAGUCGGACAGCAAGAAAAACCCGAAAAAGCUAAUGCACUCCACCAGUGCCGUUGGUCUGGACGAGAUGAUUGAGCUCCGUCGUGAGAAUGGAGACCUCGGCCAGAACGUGGUUCACAUUGAAGUGCCCUUUGGAAAGCCCAUUGAGGAAGUCUACGAAGGCGUGCACUCUGGACCGGUGUUGGGCUCGGGCAUUUCCGGUCUGGUGCGUUUGGUCACUCACAAAGCCACGGGUGUCCAGUACGCGGUCAAGUGUCUGGAUUUGGGUCUAGUGGAUACUGCGGAGGGCCUCAAGCAGCUCCGUGAAGAGAUCUUUAUCAUGUGUCAGUUGGAUCACCCCAAUAUCGUUCGCUUGGAGGAAGUGUACGAAAGUCAUUCCGAAAUCUACUUGGUGCAGGAGCUCUGUUUGGGUGGAGAGCUCUUUGAUCGUCUCGAUGAGCAACCUGACUAUCACUACACGGAAUCCGAGUGUGCCCGCCUCGUCAAAAACAUGCUCAAUGCGGUCCGUUACCUGCAUUCGAAAGGAAUUAUUCACCGCGACUUGAAGCUAGAGAACUUCCUAUUUUCGUCCACCUCCCAGGAUUCCGAGCUUAAGAUGAUUGAUUUCGGUCUCAGCAAGCAUUUCCGUUACGGAGAGCAACAACAUGAGGCUGUGGGCACGCCCUACACGGUGGCACCAGAAGUCAUUCGCGGGUGUUACGACGAGCGCUGCGAUAUUUGGGCGAUUGGUGUCAUUACCUUUUUGCUUCUCAGUGGGGAUCCGCCAUUUGGUGGAUGCGGAGGACCAGAACCCCUCAUGACUGUCCGUGCCAACAUUCUCAAGGGACAAUUCUAUUUUGAACCCGAGGACGUGUGGGCCGGCGUCAGCAGUCUGGCUCGUGAUUUUAUCAAAACGCUGCUCGUGAUUGAUCCCAAGCUCCGUCCCACGGCGAGAGACGCGCAGAAACACCGGUGGCUCAUGGAGUGGGCCAAUAGGAGCAAGAAGGAAGGCGACAAUAUCCUCAACCCCAACGUUGUCAAGGCGUUGGUGUCGUUCAAGGAGUUCUCGGAUAUGCGAAAACUGCUUUGCGAAGUGUUGAGUUUCACGCUGCUCCCCGACCAAAUCAAAGAUCUUCGAAAGGAAUUCGAGAAGCUCGACACGGAUGGGUCUGGCGAGAUUUCUCUCGCCGCUCUCAAAGAAGUGUUGAUGACAAAUGCUGGCCAGGGAUCUCUUGGCGCAUUGACCGAAGAGGAAGUCGAGGAUAUUUUCAAUGCCAUGCGUGUCAAGAAAACUGAGACACGUAUUCACUGGCACGAGUUUAUUGCGGCGGGUCUCUCGCAGUGUCAGGUCGACGAUAGGAACCUGCGUUUGGCUUUUGAACGUCUUGACAUUGAUCACAAAGGGUACAUCACAUUGGAUGAUAUUAUGGAGCUCAUGGGAAACGAUGAUCUUCUGAGCGAAGAAGCCCUGGAGGGGAUGUGGGCUGACAGCAUGGAACAAGCAAAAUGCCCAAACGCGCGAAUCACGUACGACGACUUUUUGCUCUUGAUGAAGGGACAGAGCACAGAGGCCGCACCGAUUGAUCCGAUGGAAUUGAGUAUGUCCUCGAGGCUGAAUGGCUCCAAGCUCCUGGCCGUGUCGGGAGCAGAUUUGGUGGACCCCUUGGAAAAUAGCAUGUCCAGGUUGCAGAGUGCGAAGUUGCUCACCGUGAAGGAAGGAGAGCAGGGAUUCAAGGAGUCGACAACCUCCCCGGAACCAUCCAAGGAGGAUGACAAUAUGAUUGUGUUGCCCAGCGGUGAUGUGGUGAAUGCUGAUGGCACGAUUGUACCCGCACCAGCGCCGCCAGUUUCCAUUCCGAUAAUGCCGGCUCUUCCGCCUAUCAGGAGGAGUAUCACGCCACGCAGCGAGUCUCCCGUAGUCAAACCGCACUCUGCCCCUGUUUCGCCCGCCAAAGCAAUGGACGGCUCCCCUGAUGAGUUGGACUCUCCGCUUUCCAUGGACGAUGACGAGGCCGAUGAAGACACCAUUCGUCAGUUGAGAAAUUUGACACCUCCUCAGACUCCAACACGUGGAGCUGCGGAUUACAUCACACCCCAGUCGGGACGUCGCCAGGUGGACUUGAAUCUCAACAACAUUGAAAGUAUUGCAGUCCCUGGUUUACCUUCCAAGCCGCCUACUUUGUACAUUCGCCGUCGUUCUCGCUCUGUCGACGACAAGGACAAAGAAAUGCAGGAGAAGGAAGCAGCCGAGAAAGAGAAGGAAGGUAUAAUCCAGCAGGAUUCUCGACGUGCUAUGAUGUUGCCAGAGCACAAUCACGACAAGAAGGAAUUCGACGCGUUGGUGCGAGACGAGUCGAAAUCGGCCCUUCAAGUCAACCGGAAGCUGUAUCGUGCCCACCGUCAAAUGCGUCUUGCCGUUUUGGAAGCGUCGAAGCGAUUUGAGGAGCAACAGGCCCAGCAUGCUAAGGAAGUUCUCAUGGCAAAGAAUGAGCGGGAAGAGAGCAUUAAUGCUAUGAAUCGGCCCUAUCAUGCAGGCCUCGUGAUGAGACACGGCAACAAGAAAGUUGUGACAUCUGAAGCUAUCAAAAAGAUGCUUCAAGAUAACCAGAAUGAGCAGCAGGCAUUGGUGGAGAUGGCUACACGACGCGGUGGCCGUGGACGGCGUACCCGAAAGAAGACAAUAUCAGACAUGUCGGGAAUGCUGACCGGUGCGUCAUUGACUCAGGAAGAAAUGGGGAGGAUUGCGGUCGCCGCGGCAUCUCCUGCUCAUUCGGUAGUAGCACCACAAUCAGAAGAAUUCCGCCCCAAGGAACCUAUGGGGGGAAGUGAUCGCAGCUUGGGCCGUUCCAACAAUACGGAAACUGUGCCGACUGUCCCAGAGGAGGACAUUGUGGAACACCAAGUGCGAGAUCCCACGGUUCCAGGUAACUUUCUGAAAACAUCUGACCCGUUCGGUGCGAAUGGACUAUACGGCAAUGCCACGAAACGAACCUCAUGGGCACCGUAA